AUGUCAGGUCUAGACGUUGAAGCCCUUCUUGACUCUACCGCGAACGACAGCACCGAUGCCAAGGAGUCCACCCGAGCCGCCGACCGAGAUGACCGCCACAAGAGCGAGCGCAGUGAACGUCGCGAACGCGAUCGCAUUAGAGACAGAGACAGAGAUGGCAGCCGGGAUCGGGACCGCAAACGAAGAGAUUGGAGCAGAGACCGCACUCGACGUGACAAAGAUGCCGAUGGAGAUGAAGUCAUGAAGAGCCCGCAUGGCAGUGCCACCGGCAGCUCAAAGGGCAGAAAGCGAAGCAGAAGCAGAGACAGCGAACGCCGGAGUUCCCGCCGAGACCGGCCUCGAGAACCCAUGGACCCCGAUGAUGCAUUCCGUGCUUCUGCCGGUGACUACUAUCGCGGAAGUGGCCGUCCGCGUACUAGGUCGAGAUCUCCUGACGGUGAUAGGUACUAUCGCCCAUCCGGACGCGGCCGACGUGAGCGCGAUGAUCGCCGAGAUGGCCGAAGGCGCAGCCCAAGCCCCAAGCGACAGAGGAGCAAGUCGAAGACUCCACAGCUGACAGAGGACGAGCGUGAUCGUCGAACAGUUUUUGUCCAGCAGCUUGCUGCUCGUCUUCGAACUAAGGAGCUGAUAGCAUUCUUCGAGAAGGUCGGACCUGUCAAAGAGGCACAGAUCGUGAAGGAUAGGGUUAGUGGUCGGUCAAAGGGGCAAGUACUACUCAAAAUCUCUGUCGGUUACGUUGAGUUCAAGAACGAAGAGUCUGUCCAGCUUGCUAUCCAGCUCACCGGCCAGAAGCUCCUAGGCAUUCCGAUCAUUGCGCAACUCACUGAAGCCGAGAAGAACCGCCAAGCGCGCAACGGUGAGGGUACUACUAGCGCUGCAUCAGGUGUCCCCUUCCACAGGUUGUAUGUCGGCAACAUCCACUUCAGCAUUACCGAAAGCGACCUCCAGAACGUGUUCGAGCCUUUCGGAGAACUCGAGUUCGUUCAGUUGCAGAAGGAAGAGCAAGGACGUAGCAGGGGCUAUGGUUUCGUUCAAUUCCGUGAUCCAAAUUCUGCUAAAGAGGCUCUAGAGAAGAUGAACGGUUUCGAUCUCGCUGGCCGUCCCAUCCGUGUCGGCUUGGGCAAUGACAAGUUCACCCCAGAGUCCACUGCCAACCUGCUCCAGCGCUUCCAAGGCCAAGGUCAGCCCAACUUCCAGGGAUCGGCAUUCUCCGGCAGUGGCGGGCGCGGUGCUCACGCAGGAGGCUCGGGCGGCAACUUCGACCGUGCGGGCGGCCGUGAUAGCGACAAGGGAGCUGGCGGUGCCAGUGCCCUCGAUGACACCGACGUUGCAGGCGUGAACUUCAACAACUACAGCAGAGACGCUCUUAUGAGGAAGCUCGCUCGAACGGACGAGCCUGAUUCCGCUGCCGACAAGGCCAAGAUUGCUAGGCCUAGAGCCGAGGCGAAGCCCAUGCCAGUUAACGUUAGCCAGGCAAGCAGGUGUGUCGUCCUGAGGAACAUGUUCGAUCCCGCCGAGGAGGAAGGUGAUGCUUGGAUCAAAGAACUCGAAGAUGACGUCAAGGCUGAAUGCGAAGACAAGUACGGUCACGUCGUUCACAUUGCUGUAGAUCCGAACACCCAAGGCGACAUCUAUCUCAAGUUUGACCGGGUUCAAGGCGGCGAAAACGCGAUCAAGGGCCUUAACGGACGGUUCUUCGGCGGUCGCCAGAUCAGCGCACAGCCAGUCGUUGAUGCUGUCUACAGCAGUUUGUACACGCGCACGAAGGCUCUUUAG